GUUGCUCCAUUUAAAAUGCAGAGGCGCAGUAUCGGACCAGCACAAGUUGGGACUGCUCGGGCCUGCCUGGUGCUGAAUCCAGCAGCCUCUGUUGGAGGGUACAAAAUCCCCGUCAUUGAGAACCUGGGUGCCACCUUGGACCAAUUCGAUGCCAUUGAUUUCUCCGACAAUGAGAUCCGCAAGUUGGAUGGGUUCCCUCUGCUGAAGAGGCUGAAAACGUUACUGAUGAAUAACAACAGGAUAUGUCGGAUUGGUGAGGGACUCGAACAGGCUUUACCCAACCUUCAGGAGAUCAUUCUUACCAACAAUAGCAUUGUGGAGCUGGGUGAACUGGAUCCUUUGGCAACGAUUAAAUCAUUGACUUAUCUAAGUGUUUUAAGGAACCCUGUAACAAAUAAGAAGCAUUACAGAUUAUAUGUAAUCCACAAAGUCCCACAAAUAAGAGUCUUGGAUUUCCAGAAAGUGAAACUAAAAGAGCGUCAGGAGGCAGAGAAAAUGUUCAAGGGCAAACGGGGUGCACAGCUUGCAAAGGAUAUUGCCAAGAGAACAAAAACUUUCAAUCCAGGUGCAGGUUUGCCAACUGACAAAAAGAAAGCUGGACCCUCCACAGGAGAUGUUGAAGCAAUUAAGAAUGCCAUUGCAAAUGCUACGACCCUGGCUGAAGUGGAGAGACUCAAGGGUUUGUUGCAGUCUGGUCAGAUACCUGGCAGAGAACGAAAAACAGGACCUGCAGAGGAAGUUGAGGAAGAGAUGGAAGAAGACACAGUUCCCAAUGGAUCGUAAAUGGUAUCUUCAGAUGAUCUGAAGAAUGUUUAGUAUUGUAUUAUUGUCUAUGAAUACAUUUCUAUGUUGACAUAGUGUUAUGUUAACAGCAUUACUCCUUUUAAAAAAUGGGUUUUUGUUAGCUUGGGGCUUUCUGGACACUCUAUUGGUGUGUUUGAAAUUUCCAGUGCAAAUUUUAUACUGUAAAUGAAGUCCAAUAAAACACCAAUUCCUUUCUCUA